UCAGUAUAAUGGGAGUACAAGUCUCUCCUCAAGGAAGCGCGUGAGCCAGACACCCGAUGAAUGAGACUCGAAUUCCAACUCCUCGCGCAGCCAACGCGAGUGUACACUGACACUGCAGGGAAGCGAGGAGCCUCUUCAGGUCCGAGAGAUUUACUGUAGACUUUUUGUGUUGUACUACCGUACACUAUCCGUUUUUUUCUCGUUUCAAAACAUCAAAACGUGUAUUUGUUUUGAACAGGCUAGAAAACGCAUUAUUUAAAAACACUUGGUAAAUCUGUUACUCUCCUACUCGAGAGGACGAUGGGCACAAGUCUUCAAGUCAGAAAGCUCGCGCAAGAACAGAGAACACAAGCGUAAGAUUCCGAACCAUGAGCCGAUCAGCCCACUGAAGGCCGCAGUGACUCGGACCCGACCGCGCCGCGGCGCAGCGCCAUGACGGAGCUGAGAGACGGUGAGCUGAAGGCGGCGGCGGGCGCGGCACCGGACACGCCGCGCGCGGAGAAGCCGCGGGACGGCCGCGGGGAGCGCACGGUGACGAUGGCGGACGCCCCGCUGGUGAGCGAGGUCCAGCUGACGGCAGCGACGGGCGGGGCGGAGCUGUCCUGCUACCGCUGCACGGUGCCGUUCGGCGUGGUGGUGCUGAUCGCCGGCCUGGUGGUCACCGCCGUGGCCUACGCCUUCAACACGCACGGCUCCACCAUCUCCGUGCUGGGCCUGGUGCUGCUGUCCGCCGGCCUGCUGCUGCUGGCCGCCAGCGCCGCCUGCUGGAAGGUCCGCCGCCAGCGCCAGAAAGAGCGCCGCAGGGAGAGCCAGGCCGCCCUGGUGGCCACGCGGGGAAGCGCGUUUGUGUAGGCCAGAGACAGGCCGCCCUGGUGGCCACGCGGGGAAGCGCGUUUGUGUGAGCGAGAGGCCCCAGCAGGGGUGAACAGGGGAUGCCUGGAGUGCGUUCCAACAUGGGUGCAUUCCAAUCCCUUAUUUUAUUCGUCCUUUGUCUCCGAGGUCCUUGACUGACCCGGAAAUUGAUCAAGGUGCGCCAUCUUUGAGGACAUUCUAACCCGUUAAAUGCUCCUUCAAGGAGCUAGAAGCUAGGAGGCUCCAUAAGAAUUAUUCAGCAAGGAAACACGAGUGCAUCCUUUGGACCUCAGUGACACAAAGCCAUUAAUCUAUUAAUAUCCAGUGUUCUCCGUUGCCGUGGCGUCUCCCUGGAGACCAUUAACGGCUUUGCCCUCAAACAUUCGGGCCGCGUCGAAGUGACGGACGCAAGGCUGGCAGAAGCGAUGGUGAUGAAGACGAACAGCCAGGCGCCAGCCGGAGGGGGAAGAAAAUGGCUUAUUAAUGACCUUUAAUGUGGGAAUAAUUCAAUUUGGACGACUAAGCAACGAAGACAGACCCGGCGGAGAUGAGAACCAGGCGGAGGAGUCUCCUUUCACUGCCACCACAGAAGAAGAGCUCUCUCGGUUAGCCUGGUGCUCAGACGCUGCGCUGCACAGGAGUGACUCUGGAAAUGAGAGACACGUUUUAACAUGUUACCCAGAAAACCCUGUGUAUCCGGUAUGGACAUUUGUUUUGAAAUUGUACUUGCUAAUAUCCAGUAUUAGAUAAAUCAAACGCAGGUCUGAGAUACAUGAUAAAUGUAUAUCACACAUCUCAUUUAUGUGACUGAAGGAAAAACAGUAAAUAUUACAGGAUUACUACACUAUAAAAAUAGUGUAUAUUUCAUUGACUUCUUCUGUUUAUUGCUGCACAUGCUUUGCCCAGCAAGCAUUGAUAUUCAGAGCAGCCACCUUGUCACUGUGGGAUUUAAACUGGCAACCUUGUCGUUAUCUAGAGGUUCAGUUCUGUGACUAUGAUUUUUUAAUAAAAGCAUCUGCUGUUGCGGCAAAUUUCAUGAAAAAUCGUUGGUACAAUACUUCAUGAAGCCUGUAUUAUCUGUGUACUGACAAUGUGCAGUGUAUCUGACUGGAAA